GUUUCAAAAAGUAAUACAGAAUCAAUUAUUAGUGCUGAUAUUGGAUUCGUUUUAGUAUUGACUGUUGGUGCUAAUAUUGGAUAUGUUUCAGAAAGUAAUUCAAUAUCAACUAUUGGUGCUAAUGUAGUUGAAAGCUCAUUUGGAGUAUUAGUUUUCUUUAUAAUUUAA